GCGACACGGGCUCACGAAGCCAUUCCGACAGGACCGAUCGACGAUCAAUCGAUCGACAGCGGACAACAGCCAAGAGCCGGCCGCCACCACGAGCACGAGGACGAUCGCAGCGAGGACACCCAUCGCCGCGACGACAGCGCACGUUAUCGAGCAGCCGUACCCACGAUCUGGAUCCCAAGUCCACAGCCGAUCAGCAAAUCUCCCACCAACACAGCUCACAAUGGCCAGCCCGCUCCUCAAGAACUCGCUAUCUCUGGCGCAUGGUUGCCUGAGGGCCCAGACAGCCUUCCGAAGUGGAAUCGCGAUCAAAGAUGCCGGAAUGAAGCAAAUCUCGACUGCGAUGCAGUCCAGACUCUACUCGGAGAGCACACUGAAUCAAGUCAUCCAAAAGUACACACAGGAGCCCAUCGAACCACGUCGGGUGUCGGCGGCAGUCUCGGCCUCCGCCGGUCUGGCCACGGAAUCGGGAGAACGAGCACCGCGCCAAAUGAGCAAAUCGACACGGGAGAGCCUGGAUCUGUUGCGGAAUGACGGACGGCUCUAUGCGAUCAUGGAGAUCAAGGGCAGACCCUACCACGUCACAUUCAACGAUAUUGUGGUCACGAUGAAGAUGAAGGAUCUGAAGCCCGGCGACGUCAUUUCGCUGGAUCGCGUCCGGGAGAUCGGGGGCGCCAACUAUGUGCUCAAGGGCAGCCCAUACAUCGAUCCGUCGUAUUUCACACUGACGGCGGUGGUGACCGAGCAUUCGAUCAGCAAGGAGUCGGUAGAAACCCACUUCCUCAAGCGUGGAUUCAACAAGACUGUCCGCAACGUCAACCACCACACCUCGCUGCGAGUCGCCCAGCUCAAGAUCAACUGACGGACGACGCCGUGCUGGCAGAGCGACAGCGAGACAAUAAACCCUGCAUGGCCGCAUCCGAA